GUCCCGCUCUUUUCUCUCUCCGAAAGCCUGAGAAAAUUCUGUCUCUCCCUCUCUAUCUCUGUGUUUCUUGUAGUUGUACACGCAAUGCAAGAGCAGGCAACAAGUUCCAUUGCGGCGAAUUCUCUGCCUUCAAGCAGCGAAAGAUCUUCGAGCUCCGCUCUUCAACUUGAAAUCAAGGAAGGCCUUGAGAGUGAUGAGGAGAUCAGGAGGGUUCCAGAGAUAGGCGGUGAAUCUGCAGGAACCUCAGCCUCGGGGCGAGAAACCGGUUCAGUGGCCGGUCCAGACCGGGUUCAAGCAUCAGGGGAAGGUCAGAGGAAGAGAGGCAGAAGUCCAGCAGACAAAGAAAGCAAGCGGCUGAAGAGGUUGCUGAGGAAUAGAGUGUCAGCACAGCAAGCAAGGGAGAGGAAGAAGGCAUACUUGAAUGACUUGGAAACGAGGGUGAAAGAGUUGGAGAAGAAGAACUCUGAGCUUGAAGAGAGGCUCUCCACCUUACAGAAUGAGAAUCAGAUGCUUAGACAUAUACUGAAGAACACAACAGCAAGCAGGAAAGGAGGAAGUGGUGCUAAUGGCAAUGAUGGGUCUUGAUGAGACAGCAAAUGAGAGCAGGAUCUGUAAGAGAAAUAUAUAAAUAUAUAUAUAUUGAGGGGAUGAGAGCAGGAUUUGUAAGAGAACUAUAUAUAUUGAGGGGAUGAGAGAAUGUACUUAUUAACUUUAGGUAUAUUGUGAGAGAUAUGAGGAAGACAGAGUAUUGAAAUGCUUGAGCCUAGAUUAGUGUUCUCCUAAGGAUUUCCUUCAUAUCUAUUUUGUAUUCUUAC